AUGGCGGAGCACACGAAGCUGUUGCACAAGCAGGGCGCAGGGCCGCAGCAGCGGUUUGGUGGCGGUGGCGGCAUGAUGGACAAGCCCAGCGUGUGGGACCAGGACCGCCCGCACGAGGGUGCGCUGGAGCGCGACAUCGAGGACGACGAUGGCGGUGGUGGUGCUGAUGAUGGUCAAUAUGAAAACCGCGGCAGAAACUUGGAGGCAGGGGCGGCCGCCUUUGCCAACAAUGCCCGCGCCAACAGCAACCACCACGUGCACAGAGAAUCAGAGCGCCAGCGGCUGUUGGAUGGCACCGAGGAUGAUCCGCCAGAGGCGCUCCUCUUCAUGUGCUGUCCGUCGCCUGACUCCUGGACACAGGCAUUUUGCGUGUGUGCCCUUGCCACCGUGCUGACCAUUUUGGCGACUGCCCUUGUCGGCUCUGCCGGCAACAACAAAUACGCACCCAGCACCUUUGUCCAACGCGUCACCUACCAACAACUGUAUGACCACUUGCACGAGCUGAAUGCGACUGCAGCGAGCACGCCAGAUGGCCCGCCGUCCCGGAGUGUCCUGUACGGGUUCAACCGCAGCGCCGCAUAUGUGGAGGCGCAGCUUGAGCCCCAUCGCGCCGGGCUCACCAACGUCACCCGACAGUACUUUGAGGCGCCCGUGUGGGAGGACAGGGGCAACCACACCAUGACCGUGGCCAGUGGCAGCAUCACCCUACACCUCCACCCCUACGUCGAGUUCCAGCCGCUCCGCUUCUCCGGCGGGACAGGCGACCCCAUAUCCGCGGUUGCCGUCAACUUUGACGGCGCCGCGUGCACGCGAGCGGCGUUUGCUGCGGCGAGCGGCAAGGUGGCGGUGGUGCCAGACACCAGCACGUGCAGCAACCUGUACCAGCGAGCGCGGGCAGCACAGCAGGCUGGCGCCGUGGCCAUGGUGGUGUACCGAGAGCAGGCGGAUGCCAUGCUGCCCAACGAGCGCGUGCGAGACCCGACGUGGGCGUACAACGCCUCGGUCCCCUUUGUGCAGAUCCCUGUUGUUGGCGUGGUGCACUUGCUAGCUGCCGCAGUUGCCGAUGGGGUGCAGGUGAACAUGACGGUCAACGCAGCAAGUGCCGUUGUGGAGACAUUCAACCUGCUUGCUGUGCGCCAGGGCACGCUGCCGUACGCGGUUGUUGUUGGCGCCCACCUCGACAGCGUUCCGCGUGGGCCCGGCAUCAACGACAACGGCUCUGGCGCGGCGGUGGUGCUGGCCAUGGCGCAGCAGAUUGCGCGCUUCAACCUCCGCCCAACCCUCACCGUCAUCUUUGCCUUCUGGGGCGCUGCUGAGGAAGGGCUGCUUGGGAGCGGGUACUUUGUGUCGAAGCUCAACUCCAGCGACACCCCAGUCCAUGAGCCCGUCAUUGCCAACAUCAACGUGGACACGUUGGCCAGCCCAAACUACGCGCGCUUUGUGUACGAGGGCUCUCUGCUGCCGCCGGGCACGGCGCGUGCAGGAUCCAUCUUCCUGCAGCAGCAGUUUGAGGCGUAUUUUUCCGCCAACUUGGAGGCGUUUGAGUACAUGCCCUUUGUCACCAAGGAGACGGACAUUGACGGCUCAGACUACCUCCCCUUCUUCCUCCACGGGAUUGCUGUUGGCGGGGUGACGGCUGGAACGACGUCACUGAAGAACAUCAAGCAGCGGUCGCAGUUUGGCGGGCUCUCUGGCGUUCCCUUUGACCCGUGCUUCCAUCGCGCAUGCGACACGUUUGAGAACCUCUCCUCCAAGAUGGAGGGCGUGCACGACGUGAUGGUGGAGUGCGUGCGCCACAACUACUUUGACGCCUUUGUGCAGGGCUUCUACCACACCUCCCGAACCACCAUCGCCGACCUGCCCACGUCGUCAAGCACAAUCCGCUCCAACCACAGCACCUACCCCUUUCUCAAGUUCUUCGAGCACAUCUUCGCCGCACGUAACCUCCUGUACGAGCUCAGGUUCCGCCUGCGUAGCGGUGCUCCUCUCCCGCGCACGUUCAACGGCGCUGUGGGUCAAUCCUCCAAGGACCAAGUGCUGCAGAUGUACGAGACGGGGCUCGAUCGCUUCGAUCGCCUCAUUGGCAAGCACGUCGCCUACCGCAUGUUCUGCCUCUUCCUCGACGCCUUUGGCAAGCUGGGUGAUGUCUUGCGUCAGGGCAUUGAGGACGCGCUGGAGGCAGAGCGACACGAGGACAAGCAGCUCGUGCGCGAUGGCAGCAAAGGUGAUGGCGAGGACGCCGGUGACACCAAGGACGACGAUGAUGAUGACGACGACGACGACGACGACGAUGGCGAUAAUGGUGAUGGUGACAGCACGGAGGGCAACAAGGAGCAGAAACAAAAGGAGCAGGGAGGCACUGUGGAGAAGUUCAAAGCCAUCAACACGAGGCAGAAGGAGGAGUGGGUGCUGUGCUUGAGCCAGGGCGUGUCGCAGCUGACCAAGUCCCUCAGCUCGAUGGUGGUGUUUGCCAGUGACCUGCCGUACGCCGCGCCAGAGCUCAUGCUCAUUGUGGAGCAGGCGGUGACCAACACCACCAGCAAGACGGCCCAGGCCUUCCAGCACCGCACCUCGGAGCGGGUGAUUGAGCUGCUGGCCAACAUCACGGAGCACGCCGUCGUGCGCGAUGUCUCCGAUGCCGCAGACGUGCGCGUGUCUGGCCAGCUGAGCGAGGAAGGGAAGAAGGUGUACCCGUACCUGCGCAAGGUGGAGCUUGUCUCCUCCGUCAUCUUCCAGGCCAACCCCGUGCCCGUGCUCGUGUCCCUGCUGCGCGGCCGCAAGCAGCACAACAACGUCUUCCGCACCACCGCCCAGCUCAGCACCCAGAUGGCCUGGUUCACGAGCGCCCUGCGUGCCCUGGCCAACCUGGCCAAGUCGAAGAAGGAGCACCGCCUGCGCAUCGUGCACGAGGGUCUCGUUCCCGUCCUGCUCCGCUUCCUCAUUGUCGGCAACCUCAAGCUGCGGCACAACGCCACGCGCUGCCUCAACGAGACGCUCAAGUUCACGCCGGAGAGCGUGGAGCAGUUUGUCAAGGAGCAGGGCCACCUCACCGUGCUGCGCUUGGCCCAGGAGGCCACGAACAAGGCCAUCACCAGCGUGGACACCCGUCUCGAAGGCAUCCUCUUCAGCGUGCUCGGCGCCGUGUGCUCUGUGCCCGCGGGCGCCAACGCCCUGCUUGACGAGCCAGACUUUAUGGAGCUGCUCUCCAACGCUGCACUCGAGCAAAAGGAGCUGUACACAUCCGGUGGCGGCCUCAGCGGCGCGCGCCUCAACAUGUGCGACAAGGUCAACCUGCUCUUCCUCCUGCUCACAGAGCUGCAGUUCCCGGCCAGUCUCAAGGAGGUGCAACAGCACCUGUCAGGCUUGCACGUGCAGCUGUCGCGCUCGCGCGAGUUCCGGGACAGGCACCACAGGGUGAGCGUCAAGAUUGGGCGGGACAACGACAAGGCGCAGCGCCGGGCCGAUAGCGCGCGGGAUGAGGCUCUCGACAUGAACGAGGACGAUCCAGACUCGCAGCCGGAGCACGAGAGCGACCGUGACUCGCUCCAGGCCGGCGAGCUCUCCUCGCGGGAUGGCGUGCCCUUGUCCAAGUUUGAGACGUAUGUGUACCAGCUGGCCGAACUGGCCAAACUGUGCGCCGAGGAUGAAGCGGACACAGCAAAGGCGGUGGCCGCUGGCACGCGCAUCUGCUUCCUGUCGUAUUCCUGGAAGCACAAGACUCGCUUCAAGCAGCUGGAGCACGCCCUCAAACAGGCUGGCUUCACAGUCUGGCGCGACGAGAACGAGAUGGGCAAGAAGGACAGCAUCCUUGAAAGCAUGGGCGACGGCAUUCAUGGGUCUGCGUGCGUGAUCAUCGACUACUCGCCAGAGUAUGCCGAGUCGCACAACUGCCGCAGCGAGCUGCACUACGCCCACAAGAAGCGCAAGCCGCUCUUCUUCGUCAAGACGACGCGUGCGAACCCACCGGACGGGUCCUCGCUUGACUUUGCCCAUGGCAGCCACCUGUAUGUGGACUACUCCAAGGUCAACUCCGGCACAGAUUACCGCCGUCUCAACCAGCAGCUGUGCAACCAGAUUGAGGCACGCCUCAAACUCCCGCCAUCCGAGAUCACAGACGCCGGUUGGGGAUUUGAGGAGACGCUCGAGAACUUCCUCUCGUAUGCGGGCGUCACCCACGAAGACUCGCACCAAGCGCUGUCCAUCCACGGCGUCAAGACGUACGCGCUGCUCAAGUCGCUGUCACGCGAGGAACUGCGUCAUAUGGGCGUAAUGAUGAGCGACGUCGUUGCCAUCAUGGACAAGCAGAAGACAUUCAAGCCGUCGGAGUUUGGCGGCUCGUCGGAGUUUGGCGGCUCGUCGCAGUCUGGCGGUCGUCCGUCUGCUUCGUCGUACUCCAGCACGUACACCACCAGCCUGCCGUCAAAGGUGCAGCUGUCAACGCAGCAAGAGCAUGAGCAGGCACCGCCACCAUACCGCUCUGGGCACUCGACCAGAGAGCGCCCACUCCCGCCAACGCCGAGCACGGCGCCGGCCACCAGCGCUGCGCAGUCGGCUUACUCCACGUUGCAGCGUGAUCCAUCGUUCACCGCCCCGCCAACACGCCGCGCCACACAGCGCCAAGACGAUUUUGGCUUCGAAGGCUCCGAAGACGCCGUGUUUGAUCUGGAUGAAGCGUAA